AUGGCUUACACUGCGUUCAAAACCAUGCAGCGCAUGACAAGGCUUACAUCUCACUUUCUGAGACCUCGAGGGUAUCUGAACAAAUACGUCUCGCCAGCAAUGUACACGGUUUCGUUGAGAAGUACUUCGUCUGAUGCAUGGGACAAGUGGGUCUCCAAAUGCCGUCAAGUCAAGGUGUUGGACUCGGAGAUGAGCUACUAUGACUCAGCAAAUGACGGGGUCAAAGCCAACACAGUACUGUUUCUGCAUGGAAAUCCAACAUCGUCUUUUUUGUGGCGAAAUAUUAUUCCACACGUUGAGAAGAAAGCUCGGUGUUUGGCGCCGGAUCUGAUUGGAAUGGGGAACUCAGCAAAGCUGGCAAAUCAUAAUUACCGCUUUGUUGACCAUUACCGAUAUUUGACGGCUUGGUGCGAGGCUGUUGGUCUCCCUGAUAAAGUGAUUAUUGUAUGUCAUGACUGGGGGUCGGGACUAGGGUUUCACUGGUGCAAUGAACAUCGCUCCAGAGUUGAAGCGAUCGUUCACAUGGAGAGUGUGGUAUCCGUGUUCAAAUGGGAAACAUGUCCAGAAAACUACAAGGAUUUCUUCCGUGGCUUACGUUCGGAUGCUGGUGAAGAGAUGAUUUUAAAUAAGAACUUUUUCAUCGAAAAGGUUCUGCCUGGCGCAAUCAUGCGCACCUUAUCGGAAGACGAAAUGAACGCCUACCGCAUUCCGUACAUCGAUGGAGGGGAGUCAAGGAGACCGUUACUUACCUGGUCUAGGGAGGUUCCAUUCAAAGAUGACGGUCCCCAAGACGUGAUUGACAUCGUUGAUACAUAUGCCGAAUACCUGUCCCAGUCGAAAGACGUCCCAAAACUGUUCAUCAACGCAGAUCCUGGAUUGAUAAGCAAUGUUGCAAGUCAGGCGACAAAAGAUUGGCCAAAUCAACGCCAAAUUACGGUAAAGGGUCUCCAUUACAUACAGGAAGACGUGCCAGAUGAAAUAGGAAAAGCUAUCGUAGACUUUUUAAAUGAAGUGACCCAGUGA